UAGACAUGAUAAAAAAUAUAUAAAAUAAUAAUAAUAAUGGCAAGUACAGUGAGAUCAAAUUCAGUGUCAUUACUAACCUCAUUAUUUUCCACUAAUUGUUUUCCAAUUCACAACUUAAAUUUAUUAAACUCAUCAUCAUCAUCAUCCAUUAAUUCAAAAUCAUCAUCUGCGUUUAGUAUUAAAGCUUCUACUGAAAUGGCGACAACAACCAAAAUUAUCGACUCUCACUUACAUGUUUGGGCUUCUCCGCAAGAGGCUAUGGAUAAAUAUCCUUAUGUUGCUGGCCAAGAACCAUCCUUACGUGGUAAUUUUGAUUUCUUACUUGAUUGUAUGAAAGAAGCGGGUGUGGAUGGUGCAUUGAUAGUGCAGCCGAUAAAUCACAAGUUUGAUCAUUCAUAUGUAACAAGUGUUUUGAAGAAACAUCCUUCAAAAUUUGUUGGUUGUUGUCUUGCAAAUCCAGCAGAAGAUGGCAGUGGAAUCCAGGAGCUUGAACGUCUUGUUUUAGAGGAUGGUUAUCGUGCAGUUCGUUUUAAUCCAUACUUGUGGCCAUCUGGUCAAAAGAUGACAAACGAAGUUGGGAAAGCGAUGUUUUCGAAAGCAGGGGAGCUGGGGGUGCCAGUAGGGUUCAUGUGCUUUAAGGGUCUUAAUUUGCAUAUAGAAGAAAUCGAGACGUUGUGUAGUGACUUUCCAAAAACAGCAGUACUACUUGAUCAUUUAGCUUUCUGCAAACCUCCUACAAAUGAUGAAGAGGCCAAAAACUUCUCAAGACUCUUAGGGCUAUCAAGAUUUCUGCAGGUCUAUGUAAAAUUUAGUGCCCUCUUCAGAGUUUCAAGAAAGCCAUUUCCAUAUGAAGAUUUAUCCCUGAUUCUUUCACAAGUAGUUUCCAGCUUUGGUGCCAAUCGGGUGAUGUGGGGAAGCGAUUUCCCUUUUGUUGUCGAAGAGUGUGGUUACAAAGAAUCAAAAGACGCAGUCGCUCUAAAUGCCAGUCAAGUGACUUUAUCAUCUUCUGAUUUGGAGUGGAUCAUGGGGAAGACUGUUAUGCAGCUUUUCAAAGGACAGUGGACUGUUGCUUGACUUUCUACUUUCAUUUAAUGCAUAUAACACUCCGGAGUUCUAUUUAGACAUAGAUACUCAAACCAGCCACAAGAGCUGUUAUGCUUUGGACCCAUGCAUUGCGAGCCACAAGCAUGUAGCUUUUCGAGUUAUAUUUAAGUUUCCCCGAAAUGCACCAGUUGUGUUUGGGUAUGUAGUUGUAAUGUAUACAACUUACUAAUGCACUUAAUUUAUAAAAAGCUCAAAUAGGUUGGUCACAA